UCAAUUUCUAGUUUCUAUCCUCCUUUCCCAAACUCUCAACUUAAUUUUAAUCAUCUCUCUCUCUCUCUCUCUCUCUCUCUCUCUCUCUCUCUCAAAGAAAGCAACAAAGGGUAUCAAGAAAUGGGGAGAGCACCUUGUUGUGACAAAAGUGGAUUGAAGAAGGGACCUUGGACUCCAGAGGAGGAUCAGAAGCUCAUUGAUUAUAUCCAGAAAAAUGGCCAUGGAAGUUGGCGAACCCUUCCCAAGAAUGCUGGGCUUCAGAGAUGUGGAAAAAGUUGCAGACUUCGAUGGACAAACUACCUGAGACCCGACAUCAAGAGAGGCAGAUUCUCCUUUGAAGAAGAAGAGACCAUAAUUCAGCUUCACGGUAUUUUGGGGAACAAGUGGUCUGCCAUUGCCGCUCGCUUGCCGGGUAGGACGGAUAAUGAAAUCAAGAACUACUGGAACACCCACAUUAGAAAGAGGCUUCUCCGAAUGGGAAUCGAUCCCGUAACUCAUAGCCCAAGACUCGAUCUUCUCGACCUCUCUUCCCUUCUUAGAUCAGUACCUCUCUACAACCAAACUCAGCUGAAUGUCUCUAGAUUACUUGGGAUCCAAACUGUGCUCAACCCUGAGCUCCUUAGGCUUACCACCACUCUCUUAUCAUCCCAACGCGACAACCCAGACCUUCAACUUCUACAUAACCUCCAAGAAAACAACUCUCAAUUUCAAAACCAGUUCUCUUCUUUCACUUCUUCCAAUCAACUCCAAACCCCAAUUCAAGACAUCGCUGGUUGCACCACCACCACCACCACCACAUCCACAGCUCCUUGCUCUCCAGUACUUCUGAACGAAACCCAGCUCUUGCAGGCCAAUGUGGACCAGUUCCCAUCAAAUUCAACCAGCUUCAGCUGCCAUAAUUCUCCACCUAGUAGUACCUGGCAAGACAAUGGUGCUGCUCUUCCUUCUAAUUUCACAGAUGAUUUAAUUUCACUGUCCAAUUACGGCUACUACAACUCUGCUGAUCAAUCUACGCUUGACCCUCUAUCUGAAAACUCUAGUCAUCUCCAAUCCUACAACAACAACAACAACCAGAAUUUCAACUUUGCUUCGGUUCUAUCGACACCUUCAUCAUCAAACCCGACUCCUUUGAAUUCAUCGCCUACGUACAUUAACGGCAGCACCGAAGAUGAGAGGGACAGCUAUUGCAGUAACUUGUUAAAGUUUGAAUUGCCUGUCCUCUUGAACGUCAAUGAAUUCAUGUAAUCAUGUGGAAAAUAUCAUUUUGAACUGUUUAGAGUUUUAAUCUUCUUUCUUUUUUUCUUUGUUGGUACUACUACUAUUGUAAA